AUGGCUACGUGUCUGUGCAGCAACAUCAGCCACCUGGCGAAAGAUUUUGACGAUGCCAAGGCCAAAGAUCUUACUCCUGAACUGAACCGGCAUCUGGCAGCAAUUCGAUCGAUACUCGCCAAGUCGAAACCGUUCGCCCGCGAUGUCCAGUAUCACAUCGCGCCAAAUAAUCACCGCGCGAUGAAGGUCCUCUCUGUCCAAUCCAUCGACAUGACGAGAGUGAAUCAAGUCUGUGAGAGGUUCAAGAAUGAUCCGAACGGGUUCUGGACUGCAUCUGACGAUGUGGUUCACGCGGAACUGCGUCGGAGACUGGUUUGUAUUAUCAUAUUUCUCAGAUCAAUCCUGGAUCCGGAAGCCUUGGUUCCACCUCACAUUGCUCGGUUCGUUCAAGGACAAAAACAUUCCGAGCUUCGUUAUGCCGGCAAGAAAUACCUUAAAAUAGCUCGUAAGCUGGACGGUAUCGGAUCAGUCUUCUGCCUUCCUCUGGACAUCCCUUCAUCAACGUAUGAGAGAUACGUCAAUAUGGACGAUGAAGAGGUUUUUUCUCACCUGGCUACCGUAUGCCCCGCGGGUCACGGAUAUAACGAAUACCUGAAACGCCUGAUUUCAAGCCAAAUUAAUGAUUCUUCGUUAACACUAUCGUAUCACAAUCUAUUUCUCGAGUACGGUGAUGUCCUCCCAGACUCAGACCAGCUGAUGUUGCUGCUCCACGCUCUCGGUGGCUUAGAGGUCCCCACAAUCCUCUUCAAAAAUAUACGUUUUCCCCAAAGGCGCUGGAAUGUCGAAGGUGAAAUCCAAAGCAUGGACGCAAAGGAGUUUGGUCUUCCUCCUGAGCUCAUAAGUCACUUGUCGGACGAUAGUCGUCUCGCCCAGGCUGCCGCAUGUCCAGCUAUUAUUCAAAAUCUCCACGAGGACGGCACAAUCACUUGGUCUCUUCGACCUGAGCCAAUGACUUUGUUUUCCGUCACUUUACUUCCCCAGACAGUGGAACAUUUGGCCAUUCUGGUACUGAGAUUGAUAUGUUUUGUCUGCCCUCCUUGUUUUGAAGGCAACAUCAGCUGGUCCUCACAAUUGAAGAAGUAUAUUUGGCCAUUACUGGACAAAGCAUCAGAAGGAAAGAAAAUACCACCCUCUCUCAAAAUUUACGUUAUCGAGGCCUUCUUGUACUUCUCCGAAAGGGAUGCAUUCGCUGUUCGUCGCCUCGCCGUUGAAAAGGCUAGAGCUCUUCUUCGCAAAUCGAUGCCCUACUCCCUCCAUGCUUCGGUGGCACUGUUUCAGAGCAUUCUUUGCCGCCUCGAUGGAAACCUCACCAAGUCAGACACCAAGAUACGAGAGUUUUUCUGCAAAUCUAUGGAUCCUAUUACUCGCAACGAUCACGCGCUCACUGGAAGGCUUCACAUCUCCCAGAUUGAGAACAAGAUUCAGCGCUGUGAUGAUGACGUCGCCUCUUGCAUCCUUAGCUGGCGAGGGGAGCACCCAUUGUCAACUCUUGAAAUCGAAGUCACGCGUCGGCUCCAAAGUACGGCGGCAAAGUUCUUUCAGUCGAUAGGGGACUUUCAAACGGCACGGGCUUCCCUAGAACAGUACUUGUAUCUGAGCCCAGCAGAACCAAUACGAGUUACUACACGCCGUCUUAUCAUUGGGAGACUCGCAGACAUAUACUCUGAGCUACAAGACUACGGGAAGGCCAUGGAAAUCCUUCAGCCAGAGUUAUGCAAUUUAUCCGACGCGGAAAAGAAAGGCCGUCCCGUGAGACGCCUAUUAUUGGCAUCAGUGGAGGCCAACAUCGGACUAGGCAGGCAGGAUAUUGCAGAAUCAAUACUCCAAGAGCUAGUUGAUGUUGAGCCGCCUGGGCUUGACGAUAUUACCGACCAGUUACUACACAUGCGCAGGCUCAUAGCUGCAGCGCGCACAGUCCAUGAGCGACUUGAAUUCGCCGAGGCCUUGGAACGGUGGAAGUUUGCUUUGGCGAAGAUUGACCAGCUUGCGACAUUCAAAUCCAGGUAUUCUUUCACCGCGGCCAUCAUUUAUUUGUCCAUGGCUCAUGCUCAACUACACAUCGGCGAUAGUGAGGGCGGUAGGCAAUCGUGGACCAUUGCUGCAGAGAUAUUCAGGAGCGAGAAGUGCCAGUACUGGAUCCCAGUCGCUGCUACUGCAUGGCUGCGGAAGAUUGUCAGCGCGAUAUAUCAGUUACAGGGCUGGCCAUUCAGGAUGAUGCUGCCAGGCAGAAAGCCGGACGUCACAUGGCCAUGA